AUGGCUCCGGAAAGACUGCAAACUAUCAUCGAGUGUCUCAACAAGGGUGGUGCCUUCAUUCAUGAUCCCAAGAAAGAGGUCCUCGCCCAAGUCAAGAUGUCAUUCCUGGCCACCACCGGAGCCAAAAUGGUUUCCACUCGCAGUCUGCAGCUCACCGUCAAGAAGUUGACACGCUCAGUCAAAUCGCUCGAAGGCCAGCUUCUCAUGAUCAAAGAGGGCGAGCGCACAUCCAUCUCCUCUCGCGUUGCCGAACUUGAUCAGCUCAUGCCUCAAUAUCUUGGUGUAAGCAAGGCUAUCUUGGACUCUGUCAUCUUCUGUCAUCAGGAUGAGAGUUUAUGGCCGCUCAGCGAGCCUAGCAAGCUCAAAGACCGGUUUGAUGCCAUCUUCGAAGCCAUGAAAUAUACCAAGGCCAUCGACAACAUCAAGAUCAUGAAGAAGAAGCAGACCGAAGAGCUUGGAAAAUACAAAAUCAUCGAGCAACACGCCAAGGAAGACAAGGAUAAGGGCGAGAAGGCCGAAAAACGAUCCCACGAGCUUUACGAGGAGAUUGAGACUUUACGACUCAAAGGCGAGGAUAUGGGCACCAAGAUUACCGAGGCCAAGCAGAACUACAACGCCGCCUGGGAGAAGAUCAAAUUCCUUGGUGAAAUCGUCGGCCAACUUUCCGGCAAACGUAUUGAGCAACGUGCUAAGCAGGAAAGUGUUCAAAAGCUCAAACGCAACCUUCUCGGCUCAUUGGAAUCUGACCGAAAGAACUACGAUCGUCAGAUUGAGAACAGAGCACAGCUGGUCAAGCAAACUGCUCGUAGGCACAGCCUUCGUGGUUACGAUCUUGAGGUCGACGAUGACAAGGCUCGAGAGUUGGUCGAUCGCAUCAGCCGUAUGGCGAAAGAGCAAAACGCCACAUUCGAACGCGCCAGACGCGAGACACAGCAAGAGCUGCAACGCGCCCAAGGUGUCCUCAACCGCAUCAACGAGCAAAAGUCUACGUUGAACCAGAAGAAAGAAAGCGCCAAAGCCACUCAUGCUGCAAACCAGCAACGCAUUGGUGGGUUUCAGACUGAACUGAACAAGAUCGAGGUUGAUGAGGGAUCCAAGACUAUGCUUGAGUCCUCCGUCGAAGAUACUGAAAGUAAGUUGCAAGCGGCCAAGUCUGACUACGAAGUCAAGGAUCGGGACAAGCAAGUCGACGAGAUCGAAGCUGCUUCACGCCGUCUGGAUGAUCAGAAGGAGAAACUGGAGAUGGAACUUUUCCAGGCUACCAAGCAGGCAGGAGACUCGGCACGUCUGGAGUAUCUGCGAAAGGAGAUCAAGGAUCGCCAGCGCAGUCUCGAUACCAUGACCAAAACUCAUGGAUCCAAGAUUGAUAGCAUUGUUGGUGGUGGUUGGCAGGCCACGUCCUUGGAUAGCGACUUCCAAAGUGCUCUUAGCAGCAGCAACAAAUCGGUAGCAGAAGCUGAACGUCAGCGAGACGGUCAGGCUCGUGAACUUGAGCAGCUGGAGUAUCGUCUCAAGCAAACAAAGACCGACCUCAGUGCACGAAGACGGGAACUGGAUGCCAGCCACAAGACAAUCCAGAACGUCAUCGAAACAGAUCCCUCGGAGUACCAGAGGAUUCUUGAGGAGACCGAAACAGAGCGUGACGAUCGCAAGAGUUCAAGCGAGUAUGCUGGCCACCUCAAGAAGUACUACGAGAGUGCAGUGAGAGCUGCUCGGGAGAACAAAUGUUGCCUCAUGUGCCGUCGCGGCUAUGAAAAGGAUCGUCAAGGACUCGAGAAGUUGAUCAACCUCCUGGGAAUGGAGAUCAACAAAGCGGAGGCUGGCCGCGCAGUUGAAGAGCUUCGAGACACCGAGAACUAUCUGCAAGAAGUCAGGGCGAUCAGCUCGACUUACGACAACUGGGAUCGUCUCAAGAGCAAGGACAUUCCCAAUCUCGAGCAGGAAGAGGAACGCUUGAAGGCCCGUGUGUCUUCCCUUACCGACGAGGUCGAGGAAGAAGAUCGCGUCGUCAGCGAGCGCAAAUCAGCCAGGCAGGAGGUUGAAAGUCUUUCCAAAACCGUCCAGAACAUUGUCAAAUAUGCCCAAGAAGGUCUUUCUCGUGGCCUCGAGACGGUGCAAGACGAUCUCAAGACGAUCAACGAGCAGUCUCGCGGAGCCAAAACCUCAUUGACCAAGAUCCUUGGUGAGCGCGAUGGUGCUCGCGGUAUCAUCAACGCGCUUGAGCUCGAGCUUCGUGACGCAAAGUCAAAGCUCAGUGAUGCCGUCUACAAUCUCAAGGAGAAGUCGUCUUUCGAGAAACAGAUCAACGAGCUCAAGGAACAGAACAAUGAGCUCAUUGAUUCUCAACGAUCCUUCGAGCAGGAGCUUGCUGGUCUGGUUCCAGAGAUGUCGCAAGCUCAGUCAAAGUACGAUGAUAUCGCCCGUCGCGGUGCAGAAAAAGACAGACAGCUUCGCGAAGAAACAGCCGCCAUAAACGACAGCGUGAACAAGCUGCAAAUGGUCGAGCAAGAGAUCAGCGGCUACAUCAAGAGAGAUGAUAUCGAACGUUUGGAGAAGGACAUGCAAUCCAUCACCAAACAGGUCAAGGAGUUCGAAAACAACCUCCAGAACGUCGAGGAGACGAAGCGUCAGAUCGCAGACAAUCAAGAGUACCGUCGUGAUCGUGCUGCUGUGGACGCAAUAGGUGCUGAGAUAAGGGAGCUCGAGACACACAACGCCGAAGAGGAAAAGACUACUCACGAACCCUCGAUCAUGGGCCAGCUGAAGAGCAAAGACGACCAGCUUCAACAACUUCUUCAGGACUGGGAGCAGGAUUACAAGGAUGCUGCAUACAAAUACAAGGAAGCUCACGUCAAGGCCAUCAUGAGAUACCACGCUCUAAAGAUGGAGGAAAUCAACCGCAUCAUUGAGGAGCUUUGGAAGAAGACGUAUCGCGGCACUGACGUCGAUUCGAUUCUGAUUCGCUCCGACAACGACAACAUGAAGGGCAACAAGAGCUACAACUACCGCGUCGUCAUGUGCAAACAGGAUGCUGAGAUGGACAUGCGUGGUCGUUGCUCUGCAGGUCAGAAAGUACUUGCAUCCAUCAUCAUCCGCCUGGCUCUGGCAGAGUGUUUCGGGGUAAACUGCGGAUUGAUCGCUUUGGACGAACCUACGACCAAUCUUGACCGUGACAACAUCCGUUCGCUGGCAGAAUCAUUGUCGGAGAUUAUCCGCAUCAGAAGACAACAAUCGAACUUCCAGUUGAUUGUCAUCACUCACGACGAGGAGUUUUUGAGAUACAUGAACUGCGCCGACUACACAGACUACUAUUACCGUGUCAGCCGCAAUGAUAGACAGAAGAGCAUCAUUGUGCGCCAGAACAUCGCAGAUGUUCUCUAA